ACCUCACCAACCUCGCCCACCCUGUGAUCCACUUCAAUGUGCCACCUCCAACCGCCUUUAAAUGGUGCUCCUUGCCCCCUCCUCUCCGCCACCAACUCCCACAGUACUCCAACUUCCAAAUUCUCACUCUCAACACUAGUCCCCGGAUUUCCAUACUCUACCUUCUGUCUUUCUGAUCCUAGUUUUGUACAAUGGCAGCGAAGAGCCUGCUUCCCAUCAAACACCUCAUUCUUGUACUCAUCCUUUUCUUCGUCCUUCAAUCAGCAUCAGCUGCGCGGAACAUCGACCGCCAUCGUCGUCGACAUCGCAGCCAUCACCAGCUAGCUGCCCGGCCAAGAACUGCAAUUAAGAGGCUGUCUCUGCUAAGACCGGAGUAUUUGACAGAGGGGACUCAGGGGAGGCACGGCAGACCCAGAGCCGCAGCGGACACCCUCCAGGUCGCCGGAUCGAGCCUGCCGGAUUGCUCGCACGCAUGCGGGUCCUGCUCGCCAUGCCGGCGGGUGAUGGUCAGCUUUGUGUGUGCAACACUCGAGGAAGCAGAGACAUGCCCCAUGGCCUACAAAUGCAUGUGUAAUAGCAAGUCCUACCCUGUGCCAUGAGAGCACAUAUACAUUUUGAAUGGCAGCCAACCGUGUCUUGGUCUGUAGUCUGUAGACUCUGUAUCAUAGAGCAGAGGUGGCCAGGUCCACCAUCUUCCCUCCCCAAGGACUUUCACCCUUGGUCUUUUACUGGGCAUCAUGAGUUGGUCCUUUUUAACCUAUUUUACUGUACACAGUUAAUUACUUAUCAGGACUUAACCCCCUUUUUGACAUGUAACAGACUGAUAGGACUCGAUGAGAAUGAGAAAUAUGUUCCGUUUUGUUA